CCGCUUCCCGUCUCGCGCCGGCUCCGGCGAGCCGGGGAAGGUCAACGCAGCAAUUGCAAGCGGGAAGAGCCGGCAGGGCGCAAAGGGCGCAGGAAACAGCAGUGCAGCUUUGUAAAGGGUGUGACCUGGACUUCGAAGCAACAUGGCUGGCCUUUUGCGCACCAUUGUCACCAGCUGCUCCAGUCCUCUCUUCAACAACGUGAUGUGUCACAAGGUGAAGACGGUCAAGACCCCAUGCGUACGGAUGUUCCGCACCCACCAGAUCCUCUGGUGCGAAGCCCCUGUCAAACCAGGUAUCCCAUACAAGCAGCUGACAGUGGGAGUUCCCAAGGAGAUCUUUCAGAAUGAAAAGAGAGUUGCCGUGACGCCUGCAGGCGUUCAAGCGCUGGUUAAGCAAGGCUUUAAUGUUGUGGUGGAAGCAAGUGCAGGCGAAGCGUCCAAAUUCUCUGAUGACCAUUACAGAGAAGCAGGAGCUCAGAUCCAAGGAACCAAGCAAGUGUUGGCUUCUGAUUUAGUUGUCAAAGUGAGGGCUCCGAUGUUUAAUCCUACACUUGGUAUACACGAAGUAGACCUAUUUAAGCCAUCUGGUACCCUGAUCAGUUUUAUCUACCCCGCUCAAAACCUGGACCUUCUGGACAAGCUAGCAGAAAGAAAGACGACCGUCUUGGCUAUGGAUCAGGUUCCGCGUGUGACCAUCGCUCAAGGAUACGAUGCUCUCAGCUCCAUGGCUAACAUUGCUGGCUACAAGGCGGUUGUGCUAGCAGCCAAUAAUUUUGGCCGUUUUUUCACAGGCCAAAUCACAGCAGCUGGCAAAGUCCCUCCAGCUAAGGUUCUGAUCAUUGGAGGUGGAGUUGCCGGAUUAGCAUCAGCAGGAGCAGCUAAGUCGAUGGGAGCUGUAGUCCGUGGGUUUGAUACCAGAGCUGCAGCAUUGGAACAAUUCAAAUCGCUUGGCGCCGAACCUUUGGAGGUGGACCUCAAAGAAUCUGGGGAAGGACAGGGAGGUUAUGCAAAAGAGAUGUCCAAAGAGUUCAUUGAGGCUGAAAUGGAACUGUUUGCCAAACAGUGCCAGGAUGUCGACAUUAUCAUCACAACAGCACUCAUUCCCGGUAAAAAAGCUCCGAUCCUGUUUAGGAAAGAUAUGAUUGAGUUGAUGAAGGAAGGCUCAGUUGUUGUAGAUCUAGCGGCUGAAGCAGGGGGAAACAUUGAAACUAUUAAGCCUGGAGAGCUCUAUGUUUACAAGGGAAUUACCCACAUAGGUUAUACCGAUCUCCCCAGCAGAAUGGCUACCCAAGCCAGCUCACUCUAUUCCAACAACAUCACCAAGCUACUAAAGGCCAUCAGUCCAGAUAAAGAGAUGUUCUACUUCGACCUGAAGGACGAAUUUGAUUAUGGUACCCUGGACCAUGUUGUUAGAGGCACAGUAGUAAUGACGGAUGGAAAAGUGAUUUUCCCAGCACCACCUCCAAAGAAAGUUCCUCAGGCAGCACCUGUGAAGCGGAAGACAGUAGCAGAGCUGGAGGCUGAAAAAGCAGCCACCAUUACACCUUUCCAGAAAACCAUGACUUCUGCAUCUGUAUACACAGCAGGUCUUGGCAGCGUGCUCGGGUUGGGCAUCGCCGCUCCCAAUUCAGCUUUUACUCAGAUGGUGACCACGUUUGGCUUGGCUGGGAUUGUUGGGUACCACACUGUGUGGGGCGUGACUCCGGCGCUCCACUCACCACUCAUGUCUGUGACCAAUGCCAUUUCAGGGUUGACUGCAGUUGGCGGAUUAGCACUGAUGGGGGGAAAAUACCUCCCUGAAAAUAUGCCUCAAAGCCUUGCUGUUCUUGCUGCUUUUGUGUCUUCCAUCAACAUUGCAGGUGGCUUCCUGGUCACACAGAGAAUGCUGGAUAUGUUCAAGCGCCCCACCGAUCCUCCGGAGUACAAUUAUUUAUACCUGUUGCCUACUGGUGCAUUUGUAGGGGGGUAUGGAAUAGCUCUCCAAAGCGGUUAUAACAUCGAACAGAUGAUGUACCUGGGCUCAGGCUUGUGCUGCGUCGGUGCCCUCGCUGGGCUGUCCACCCAAGGAACAGCGCGGCUCGGCAAUGCUUUGGGCAUGAUAGGUGUGGCUGGAGGUUUGGCUGCUACCCUUGGAGGUCUGAAACCACAGCCUGAAUUGCUGGCUCAGAUGUCAGGCGCAAUGGCCCUUGGCGGCACCAUAGGUCUGACGAUCGCUAAACGUAUCCAGAUUUCAGACUUACCUCAGUUAGUGGCUGCUUUUCAUAGCUUGGUUGGCCUGGCUGCGGUGCUGACCUGCGUAGCGGAGUACAUGAUUGAAUAUCCCCAUUUUGCUACCAACGAAGCAGCCAACCUCACCAAGAUUGUUGCUUAUCUUGGCACGUAUAUUGGAGGUGUAACCUUCAGUGGUUCUCUUGUUGCUUACGGAAAGUUACAAGGUAUCCUGAAUUCUGCUCCGCUCCUCUUGCCUGGUCGACAUUUACUGAAUGCUGGUUUGCUAGCGGCAAGUGUAGGCGGUAUGGUUCCGUACAUGAUUGAUCCGAGCUACACGACAGGGCUGACAUGUUUAGGGUCUGUGUCGGCUCUGUCUGCUGUCAUGGGCGUAACUCUGACAGCAGCCAUAGGAGGGGCAGAUAUGCCGGUCGUCAUUACUGUACUGAACAGCUAUUCUGGGUGGGCACUGUGUGCCGAAGGGUUCCUGCUGAAUAACAACUUGCUAACAAUCGUGGGCGCUCUGAUUGGUUCCUCUGGUGCUAUCCUCUCCUACAUCAUGUGUGUGGCCAUGAAUCGUUCUCUUGCUAAUGUGAUCCUUGGAGGAUACGGCACUACUUCAACAGCUGGUGGGAAGCCGAUGGAAAUCUCUGGCACUCACACAGAAGUGAAUCUGGACAAUGCAGUUGACAUGAUCAAGGAGGCCAAUAACAUUAUCAUCACCCCAGGUUACGGUCUGUGUGCUGCAAAAGCUCAGUACCCAAUUGCUGACUUAGUAAAAAUGCUGAUUGAAAAAGGCAAGAAUGUGAGAUUUGGCAUUCAUCCUGUGGCUGGUCGGAUGCCUGGGCAGCUCAACGUGCUCCUUGCAGAAGCCGGAGUCCCAUAUGAUAUUGUCCUAGAAAUGGAUGAGAUCAACCACGACUUUCCAGAAACAGACCUGGCCCUUGUUAUCGGAGCCAAUGACACAGUUAAUUCAGCUGCCCAGGAAGAUCCAAACUCUAUCAUUGCAGGAAUGCCUGUGCUAGAAGUUUGGAAGGCAAAGCAGGUUAUUGUUAUGAAGAGAUCUCUGGGUGUUGGCUAUGCAGCUGUGGAUAACCCGAUCUUUUACAAGCCCAAUACUGCCAUGCUUCUAGGAGAUGCUAAGAAGACCUGCGAUGCCCUGCAGGCCAAAGUGAGAGAGUCCUUGCAGAUUUAAAAAAAGCAGCGGCAGCCUAUCCUUUGGCCAGUACGAACAAAAAAACUCUCCGAGUGUUGUUAUACAUCAAGGUUUGUAAGACAGUGAAAUGAAAGCUUAGAGAGAAACAAAGGUCCAGAAACAAAGUAAAAAUGUAUGCAAGAGUGUGAGAAAUCAAACAACAAAGUGGAAACUAACUCUCUUAAAGGGGCCACAACCUGGAAUAAUUCUGUUUUUGAAUGCAGUGCAUUUCAGAGGAAUUGUUCCUUGGUGUAAGACAAGGACACUCAGGAAUUGGGGGCGGGGGGGGGGGAUCUGUCCAUUUAGCGUGAUGAGAGACCAAAAGAAAGUUGCCGUCAUUUCUCAAAGUUCUUUGGCUUCUCUUGCCAUUGGUUUCAAAUAAACGUAGGAUCUAAUUUGGUUUUUCAUUGUCAGAUCUUGGACCCCUUGGCUGGAUAUUUCAAAUUUUGCCUGUAUUUGUAACCUUUUAAAGUUUUUUUUUUUUUUUGAAGAGGGGGAAGGGUACUUUUGAAAUGAAUUUAUACAUUUCCUAAUGAGAGAAUGAUAAGAUGCUGGAAAUGGGCACUUAUUUGUCCAAUGUACUUCAGAUGCUGGAAAAGGCAAUGCAAUUAGAGAGUUGAUCCGGAAUACUUUUAAAAAUAAAUCAUGUGGACGACAAGGAAACCCAGUAUGCUUUGAGAGGGGGGGGAUUACUGGUCUUCCUUUUUAAUCUGUUUAAGAUACAUAUUGAAACUCUACACUUCAGUGGUAAAUUGGUUUGUUUUAUAGCUUCCAGUGCAGCCUUCAUUAUGUUUAGUACACUUGAGUGGAACUCAGAUGUUUGACUAAUAAAAUGAACUUGUCCAUGUUUUGCCUAAUGAUGUAGCAACUGUUUGGGAUGACAGAUGCAAAAUAAAUAGCUGUGCUUGUGUUAGAAAGCUGUAACAUCUGGGAAAGACAGACUACUAUGACGUGAUUAAAACUAAGACCAAUGUGACGGUUUGUUAAUCUUGAUCUUUAUCAGGACCUUCUAAGUUAAUAGCAGAUGAAAACUGUCCUUUUAGCUACCUCCUGUUUUUGUAUGGUGAGGAUCCCAUACUUUUAAAGCCCGGAAAUGUUAGUGGGUAAAUCCAGCAAUGAGCUUUUCCAAGUUCGCUGAACCAGUGGGAAUAUGUGCUUUCUCAGUUCCUAUCCAUUUCACUGGGACUUGUGCAGAAGCAGCACUCUGAUGGAUUGUGCUGAACAGCUCAUAUCCAGCCAUCUGUGGACUUUGCAGAGCACAACUUCCAGCUUCCCCCUCCUCCUGCAACUCACUGAGCCCCCUGAAAUUUUGUUCUGGGGUUGGAGGGUCUGUCAGCAGACCUUCAGGGAAAACGUAGGGGUUAAAGUGAGCAUCGUCAAUGUGAGGCGGUCGCUGGUGGGGAAUCAGUCCCCUCUUCCACAGGCAGAAAUGCUAUUCUGUUGGAGGAACUGUAUGAUUGGAUACACGCAUGUAUUUAGAAAUCUCGCUGUUCGGCAAGAAGCACUGAAUAGGUUAUUCUGCUGCAUAAAAAUAUUUGAGCCACAGUAUUCUAAUGUAAUACUUUGGGCAGCUAUAUUUCAGUAGGACCUGCUUGGGACCUGAAUUUGGUUGCAUUGCUAUCAUACUCUUCUCUGCAACCUGGAUGUUAAAUGUGGCUGAGAAGAAGAGCACCGAUUAAGUUAGUCUUGGAACAUUGAUGGCUGCAGCAUCCAACGAGUUCUAAAAUGGCUCUCUUCCUUUUAGUUUGGAGAUAUCAAGUGCUUUGUAAGUGGACCAGAAGUACCAUUGUUAACUUUAGAAUUGUGUUUAUAUUAUGAAAUGAGAGAGAAUUAUUAAAAAAAAAUAAAGCUAACAAAAUCCCAA